GGGACAGUCAGUGCUUCGGGCGUCUUCCCUGGUGCUGGUGCUUUCUUUCUCCGUUGGCAGCCAUGUCGCCGCCCUCUCUGUCCCUGGGGUCUAAGCGAUCUGCUGCAAUUGAUGGCUCCGCUCCGCAAAACGAGAACAACAGCGAACCACCGCGGCUGCGUAGAAGGAGAGUGCUGCCAUGGUAUCGGCGCGCGCUGCAGACGGCAGAGGUGAAGGGCGUGGUGGCACUGGCGGUGCUGGCGCUGGGGCUGCCGCUGCUGCUCUACUGGCUGCUGUAUGCUAUCAAGGUGCCGCCCCCAGACACCAUCGGCACCUGCAGCCUCUCCGGCGCCUACAGGGUGUGGUGCCUGCCCGGACAGAACACGACGCGCGCGCAGUGCGAGUCUGCGGGCUGCUGCUGGGACGGCGGCUCGUGCUUCCACCCGCUGCCGGCAGAGCACGGCUACCGCGCGUCGGCGUGGCGCGACCCGCAGGCGGCGCUGGAGGCUGCGCUCUCUGCCGCGGGUCUGCCGCUGACGGCCCGGCGCGACCGCUCGCCCUUCGGCUCCGCCUCGCGGCCGCUGCGCCUCUUCGUGCGCCCCAGAGACGCCGACUCGCUCGCCGUCCUGCUCACCGGAGACGCCGUCGACGUUCCAGUGUCCAACGUGUCGCUGUCGGAGUGCGCGCUGGGCAUCGAGUUGGAGGGGCCGGUGUUGGGCUUCAUGGUGUACCGGCGUGACGACAACUCGUCCCUUCUCGCCUCCGUCGACACGGCACUCAUCUACACAGACUCCUACAGAGAGCUAUCAGUGACCGCUACAGGUGAUGUGAAGUUGGUGGCAGGUGCACUAUUGCCGCGCAGUAGUGCGUCGUCGCGGUUGCUGUAUGCAGGACCUGGCCACCCAAUGGCACUGCCAUCAGCCUGGCUGCUGGACAAGAAAGGACGCGCUGCUGUGUUCAUGCUUGAAGAACUUGAUGGCCCUAUUGAGGCAUGGCACACAUUCGGCAGCUCAGUGCUGACACUGCGUGGUGCAGUGGCCGGCACCUGGUCACUGCGCAUUGGGGCAGGCCCUACUCCGGCAGACGCUGUACAACAAAUACGGGCCACUCUUCCUGCAACAGCAACAACUGUUCCACCAACACUACCACCACUUUGGGCACUUGGCUUGCACUUCUGCCCCCAUGCCUCUGACAUGCAAAAGGCACUAGACUCAAUGGCUUCACUGCAGGAUUUUCCUUGGGACUCAACAUGCCUCUGGGAUUCAAUUUUGGGCCUAUCUUUGGGCAAUGAAAGUGCACAGCCUUUACAGGACAUUGCCCCCUUUCUGAACUCAAGUUUGCUAACAGGCAGAAAAGUGGUGGUGUCAAUUCCAUCUGCAGCAUGUAUCAACUGUAGUGUUCCAGAAACUGGUCUGGUUCAUUCAGAGAAUGGCUCACAGAUUUAUAGUGGGCUGUACAUGGGAGAAGAAGUUGUAUAUCCAGACUGGACAAUGGAGGAGGCCAGGCAAUGGUUCAGGUCAGAAGUUUUACAAAAACUAGAGCCACUGAGAGAUGAAGGACUGCUUGGAGGUGUUGUAUUACAUAACAACUGGCCAUUGGAUGAAACUGAGCAUCCUUAUGAAGAAGUUGACUACUUUCCAGAAGGACUGCCACUGUCUGAAGGCACACUUUGGUGGCAAGCAAAGCAUUCAGGAGGUCAAGUAUCUCAUCACAAAGUUCAUGCAACUUUGCCAGUGCUUGAAGCUUCUACAUUUCUUGAUUUGCCACUGGUACUUAGUGAUGCUGCUGUUCCUGGCGUCUUUGGUUCAACAUUACCAUACAAACCAAAUGAAGACAAGAAUGAAACAGUACUAUGGUCAGAACUUCAAGCAGCAAUUGAAGAUAUACAAACGGCAGGCCUUGGAGGUGUUCCAUUCUCUGCUCCACCUUUAUGUGCAGGCUCUGCUGAACUUCCAGUUGAUGGGGAACUGUGUUUGCGAUGGGUUCAGGCUGCUUCACUUAUGCCACUUGUUGUAAUAAACAGGGAUCUUCUGAAUGCAACACUUGGUAAUAACAAUACACUUUCAAUAAUGCAAAGUGCUAUAGAAAUGCGAUAUCGACUGAUGCCCUAUCUGUAUUCCUACUUGGCUGAUUCAAUAGAAAGUGGACUGCCCCUUAUACGACCAUCUUGGUUUCAUGAUCCUGAUGUGGCUAUCCUACAGACGAUGGGCAGGAGUGACCAGUUCUGGGUGGGGUCUGCCCUACUAGCAGCACCAGUUGUUAAGCCAUCUACCUACACAGUAUCUGUUCGUCUACCAAAAGCAAACUUUUUCCAUCUUCUUGGAGAUGGUAAGAGAAUUUCUGGAAAUGACUCAGCUAUAACAAUGCAGAGCUUAAAAGCGGAAACUGUGCUCCUGCUAAGAGAGGGUCAUGUGAUACCUAUGCAGAUAGCUGCUAGUACUGCAGAGGAGACUAGACAGACCAAUGUCACACUGGUGGCCGCUCUAAGCUGCAGUAAUGAUACUACUUGGAACUGUUCAGCAGAGGGAAAAAUGAGGGUAUUGAAUUCACUGGAUUCGCCAUCUGAUCCAUGGGUAUAUUUUCUGGUGACCACACAGAGACAAAUUGAUGAGGUGAUUGUCGAAGUAACACUCACAAAUCUAGUAGGAGCUCAGGGCAUGACUUGUAUGGAUGAUGCAUUUAUCAUAGACACCAUUCGUGUAAUGGGUUUUCCUGAGAGUGGGAGACCACCAUUUGUGAGGAGAGGACUGGCAAUUGAUCGCUGCACAAGUAUGGAGGACUCUUUAACACUGUCAUUCAGUUUCACCAUUUCCUCAUCAGUACGGUAAGAUUUCAUGAUUAUUGUUGUGAGAGGAAAUAUGAAACAUUUGCAGAGUGAGGAGGAGCGAGAAGAAGAGAAAAUCAUGUUUAAUCUCUUGUGCCUGCUUCAUCAGGUUAAUGAUUUUUUGAAAGUAAAAGUGACAUAUUUUAGUGUGCAGAAUGUGACAUUGAGUGUGAUAAUGCUGAAUAUAAAUGAAGAUCAGCAGUAAGAAAGUACUGUACCAUGAUAAGUGGUCUACUAAACUAAAUUUCACAUUAUGAAUAUUUAAAAAGUGUUUUAUUAUAUUUUUUAUGAGAACAACAAUUGUCUUUACAAGAAAUAGAAUACAACUAUUGUCAAAACACUAAAUAUAACACAACGAUAUUAAAUUUAUAUUGAAUGUAUUUCAGGAGAUAACAGGUAGCUGUCUCCUCAUUGUGACAGGUCUUCCAGUGUACAAAAUUAGUGUAGGCUUUCCUUGUAAUGACACUCUCUAGGUAGUAAGAGAAACUGACUAAAGAUGUACAAUGUUGAUGAUAUCUGGUAGACAAAUAAAAACAAUAAUACAUUUGUCUAGAAUGUAGUUUUAUAAAUUGCUCACUC